ACUUACAUGAACACACACACAUACACAUAUAUAUAUAUAUAUAUAUAUACUUAUACACACACACGUGCACACAUACAUACACGUGGUUAAACGUAGUCACACACACACAUACAUAUUCUAACAAACAUACACACUGACACACAUACUUAUACACACACACACGCGGAUAGAUAGAGAUGGCAUCCAUUGUGCGAAUUACGGAGCUGAACCAAAAACCUUUACAAGUAAUUCUUUCGGGACAAAAACAGGACGAGACAAUCACAGCAGAGAAGGAGAAAGAGAGAGCAAAGGAAAAAGAGAAAGAGAAGAAGGAAGGACCAGUAAGGGCUGCCAGUUGUAAUACCAGCAAGACUGACCCACAUGGGAAGGCAGUGAAUCCACACCAAGAUCAUACCUGCCUGCAAUCACAGGUGGGCCAGGUAGAAAGUUGUGAAAACAAGGAAAAAUGUAACCGUGGGCCACAUCGACCCCAAAUCAGUUCUGCUGAUACUCCUAGAAGAAUGAUAUUUUACACUCCAUUUACCAAUAAUCACGAGAGACAAUUGAAGAAAACAAUUUCGGAACCUUUCAUUUGCACCAAAUCCAAAUCAGAAGAAGAUUCUGCCAAGACCAAAAGCUGUGUAGAUUUCUUACCAAAACUUGAGAAGAAUUUUGGAAACAAUUCCACGGCAACAGGCCAAUCUCUACUAGAACAGCUCUAUCAAUAUCAGAAAGAAAUAGAUUAUACUCAUUGGAUGUCGGAACAGCAUUUAGAGAGAAUCCACCGGAGUUUGGAUCACAAACCCUUACGGCUCGUGAUUAUAUCAUCAAAGAUAUCCCAGAAACAGUUCCUCAUUGAUGCCUUGCUACCAAAUACAUUUGAUUUGAUUUAUGAUUAUGAUAACUUUUCAACGACAGAUCUUCUGGAUGCAAUUCAGAAGAAGUUAGAUGGCAAAAAAGUAGAAUGUCUUCUGAUGAUGUGCAAGGUAAUUCAAUUGGAGUGCAUCCUUUUGUAG